UGCAGCGGGAUGGGGCCGCGCUGGGCGCUCCUCGCCGCGCUCCUGCAGGCGGCGGGCGGCCGGGAAUAUGCACUGCCUUAUACGCCACAGGUUGCACAAUGCAAAGAUCCCAGCACUGAAUUCUAUGAAGAAGAACUUAAUAAAUGUUGCAGCAAGUGCCCUCCAGGUCAAUAUAAGACACAGAGCUGCAGUCACAGUGUGGACACAAAGUGCAGUCCCUGUAGCCCUAACACGUAUACAGCAAUCUGGAAUCGGUCUCCUCAGUGCUUUGCCUGCUCACCACCCUGCAGGAAAGGAUUUGUGCAGAAUCAAACGUGUACUGAAUCACAGGACAGAAUCUGUAGCUGCCCACCCAAUGAGUACUGCAUUUCAAAAUUAUUCGAGAACUGCAAAAUAUGUAAAGUGCAUAAAAAAUGUGGAAAAGGUUAUCGAGUUUCCAGAAGAGGGACAGAUAGCACAGAUACAGAAUGUAAACCUUGUCCUCCUGGCACUUUUUCACAUGAGGAAUCUUACGAUACCAGCUGUGUGCCACAUACAGUUUGUAAAUCAGUGGCUGUUCCUGGAAACAGCAUCAAUGACACUGUUUGCAGCAACUCAGGAACAGCAGUUCCCACGGUUCUACCUUACACUAUUUUGAACCUGCUCCUGACCCAAAACUCGGCUUCUAACAAACCUGAAAUAGUAACUCGACCUGUCAUUUCAAACUCUGUACCUGACAUGUCUCACAUCAUCGGAUCAGUAGCAGGGCCAUUGUUAUUGAUCCUAAUAAUAACUAUUUUGGGGUGUUGCUUAGUCUCCAAAAAAAAAGCCCUUCUAUAUUCUCCACCAACUACAGAAGCAGAUUCACCUUUUUCCCCUACAGAAAAGCAUUGUGACAAAAAAGUCAGAAAUACAGGAUCGCAAAACACCAGCAGUUCUGAACAGGAGGAACAGCAUCUCUUGGGAACUUCUGGGUCCAGCAGUAGCUCCCUGAAUAAUCCAACUGGAUCUGCAAGAGUCAGUGUAGUAAGUAACAAGAAAAACGAUAAGAAAGAAACAGAAGGAUUUCACCAGCAGCAUUCAGCUGCAGAAGGUUGUAAGCUUCACACUGGAGACAGACACAACUCUGCGAGUUCAGAACAUUCUGGUAACGGAGGAACGCAGGUGAAUGUGACUUGUAUUGUUAAAGUAUGUGGUCCAGAUUGCAGUUCCCCGUUCCCAGAACAGAGUAGUUCAACUAGCAUGGAGUAUGGAAACGCUCCCUAUUAUUCCCCAACAGGGGAAAAAAUUCCCCUUUCAAAAGAAGAAAACCCCUUGAAAAAAGAAACUGAAAUUCAGAUCUCAGUGGAAAACGAGGACAAUUUACUUCAAGACUUACUUCCAGAAGAAAAGAAGUUUCCUCUGGGUAUUCAAGAUGCGGGGAUGAAAACUGGUUAAAGGAGCUUACACAUCAUGUACUGAUUGACUGAUACAAUUCAUCAAACAACUCCGUAUCUUCUAAAAUAAACAUUAUGUUAAAUGUAGCAUUCCUACAGAGACUUGAACUUUCGGACAAAUACAGACACUGAUGCUUUUGAGGUUUUUAAUCUCUUUUUGUCAACUUUGAGAGUUGAAGGAUAACCUUUGCAGUGUAAAAAAAAUUUGAACGCUUUUUCUUUUAAACUGAACAGCCAACUCCUUCCUUUCUUCCGUGAUACCCUAGAGAAACCUUUACCAGAUUUUAAAAGCAAUAUUUUUCUAACUUUAUGCCAUUGAUUUUUCUGCUGAGACUUCCUGUGAUGGUAAUUUGGGUCCAGAUUUACCACCUGUCAAGACCAUGGGUGUGACCAGCUCUUCUAAGACACUGGAGUUAAUUAUUGUUCAUUUGGUGCUAAUGAAUUAUCCAUUUGAUCUUAAAACUAUUGCGUUCUAUUUCCUAUCCCAUAUCUUCAUGGACAUACUUUCAAACAUCCUCAUGGAUAUUUCUUUUAUUAUUACAGUAUGCUUUCGCUCAUUAUUGGACCAAACUUCUCAAAUCAACCUUUAGUAUAUUGAAGACUGAAAUCUUUUAUAGGAACUUUUUUUACUAGAUUACAACUAUUACCUUUAAACAAUAGCAUUUCAUUAGCUGUACAUAGUUCAUUUUAUUUUAGAAAAGAAAAUCUCGAUUAAAUAGUUAUCUUGGAGUAGGUAACAAGUUCCUUUUGUCAUCUUUGUGUUCUGGCUGAUAUAAUAUGGUUCCCUGAAUGAUUCUGACCUCAUUUUUGAGGUUAACCAUAAUAUUAGUGAUUAUUAGAGAAGAUCCAUGUGAAUAUAUGUGCCAGACAGCUCACGCCCAUUGACCUCAGGGAAAGGCCUCUCUCCCGGUGAUUGCAAAGCAUAAUCUGUAAAAAAUGGAAUUGACCCAAACCUCAGAACCAGAAAAUCCUGUUCUCCUUCACUUCUUAAUGCUGAAGAUCCAACCACCUCUUACAGAAAAUUAGUAGAGGUUCUCCUUGAAUCAAGUGGGAGUCUUUUGGUUUUGGAAGUCAAUUUUUAGGAUCCCAUUUUCCAUAAUUAUAUUUUACAUAUGUGACUUAACUGACAAUUGUGGCGUCUGCAUUCAACCAGAAUUUGCAAUACAGUGUCUGAAUUAUAUUUGAGUGAAGUCAUACAGUAGGCAUAACUUUUUUUCUUUUAUGCCAUAAAAACAUACUGUUGGACGAGAUGAUCGCCGUACUUCCCUUCCAAGUGAACCGUUCUAUUCUAUUCUACCUCAAGAGAAACUAAACGCAGUAGUUAUUUCUGAGGCCUUAGACUGAAAAAGGACAUUUUGGAAUAGCAUUUAUUCUACAGCUACAGAAGAGAACCAGAUUUUAAAAAUACAAAUUCUAAACUUCCACAAAAGCUCAGGUUUACUAAAGUUAUUUCUGGAACUGAGGACUGGCAAACAGGUCUUUAAUUCUACUAUGAAGAAACCUUUUACAAGCUGUGUAUUAAACUUGCACUUGAAGGUAGUUUUCAGAAAAAGACUUUGUAAAUGGGCUUACAAAACUGAAAGAUUUAGGCAAGAAAAGGACCUCAUUUUAUACCGCUCUUUGAAUCUCUUGUACUGACGAUUUUCAUGUCCUGCUUGUAUUGGAACCACAGUGAAGCAGCAGUGGAAGAUUACUGAGUUUUAAAAACAUUAAAAAGGGAUGAUCUCGUUAACUUACUGGAUGUUCAAACUAUGGAGCUCUAUGACAGAAGGAAAAUCCAAGUUUUAUGUUGAAAUAGGAAAAAUGUGCUUGUGGUUGCUU